UGGCGAAUAUGCUAAAUCUACUUCGAUCCUAGAGUUUAUUUUUGAGUUGUUUGGAAUCGCUACACUGCUCGAUGCUAUAGGUUUCAUCAUAUCCAGAAAUAGACCGUGUGAUACGUGGGUGUGUAAGGCCCUCUGUCAUCUCCGUGGUCGUCUGAAUCUCAUGUCGAGUGUAAUCAUGGCCGGUAGCGAACCACGGAGAUGGAAAAUAAAAUGACCUCCGAAAACUAAGAAAAAAUCCGCUCAUUUGAUGUACCGUCAUCGCAAUACAAUUGUAAGUAAUGGGGAAAGACUACUACAAAAUUCUGGGAAUUGUACGAGGUGCGAGCGACGAUGACAUAAAGAAAGCAUAUCGCAAAUUGGCACUGAAAUAUCAUCCUGAUAAAAAUAAAAACACAGGCGCAGAAGAAAAGUUCAAAGAAAUAGCUGAAGCUUAUGAAGUUUUGUCGGACAAAAAAAAGCGAGACAUUUUUGACAAACAUGGAGAAGAGGGUUUAAAAGGAGGUCCUACGUCCUCAGGUGGUUCAUCAGGACCAAAUGAUGCAGGAUUCACUUCUUAUACUUUCCAUGGAGAUCCAAGAGCUACAUUUGCUCAAUUCUUUGGUUCAGCUUCACCUUUCCCACAGUUCUUUGACUUUGGUGGGCAGGGAAGCAAUCGUUUAUUUGGCUUCCAUGACGACGAUGGGAUGGAUGUUGACGAUCCAUUCAAUUUGGGUCCGGCCAGGCCUGGUGGCCCAGGAGGUGCAUUCAGAUCGCAUUCUUUCAAUUUUGCUGGCUCUAACGGUAAUAGAGGAGGCAGCAAAGAUCGUGCCCAAGAUCCUCCUAUUGAACAUGACCUCUAUGUCACCUUGGAAGACAUAACUCGAGGUUGUACGAAAAAGAUGAAAAUAUCACGUAGAGUCGUGCAGCCGGAUGGUCUGAUAAAGAAAGAAGAUAAAGUUCUUACAAUAAAUGUUAAACCAGGGUGGAAAGCUGGUACAAAGAUAACGUUCCAGAAAGAAGGAGACCAAGGACGAGGCAAGGUACCUGCUGACAUCGUGUUCAUUAUCAGAGAUAAACCACAUCCGCUAUUUAGGAGAGAAGGUAGCGAUGUUAGAUACACAUGCAAGUUAUCUUUGAAACAAGCCUUGUGUGGCACGGUAAUCGAUGUUCCAACACUCUCCGGGGAUAAAAUCACACUAAAUUUGUCAAGGGAAAUAGUUAAACCUAAUUUGGUGAAAAGAAUCCAAGGCCAUGGCUUACCUUUCCCUAAGGAGCCUACGCGUAAAGGAGACCUUUUAGUGGCAUUUGAUAUUAAAUUUCCUGAAACAUUGACACAGAGUGUCAAAGACAUACUUUAUGACACUUUACCUAAUUGAUCAAUCGGUAAUAAUCAAGCAAUAAGAUGAAUGAACAAGUAACCAUCUUGCUGUGAAACCCUGUAUUCAGACGAUACCAGAUGCUAUGGGAGACUCUUGUACGUUCCAGUACAGUAAAUUAAAGUUUUAGCACAUCGCUUGUCUGUGGCAAGUUCACUUCUGAUUACAGCAGGUUAGUUCAAAGCAGAAAUAGUUCUAAAAUGGAUUCAGUUUUUCGGUGAUGGUCUACGGCUUUUCUAUAUUUCUUGAACAGCAUCGAAAUAUGUGUUAAAUAUGAAGAAAGGCCAGUAAAAAUGUUUUUUCGACCUCAUUGUUUGUCGAGCAGCUUCUAUCACAAUAAAUUAGAAAUGGAAAACAUGCUAAUGUGUUGAAUUGAGCGGUAACUUAGGUGAUUACGUUGUGUAUCCUAUAGUGGUAUGAAUCUGUAUUUACUACACUAUUUAUGUAAUUAUAUUGUGUUUGAACCAUGGAACUGUUGGUAUGUGUGAGUUUGAGCAAAUGUAAUAACUUUGAGCGUAAUACAUUACAAAUAUAAAAUGUGCUGCACUGUUGAUAUACACAUUAUUGUCAAACAGUUCUUGUAUAUGAAAAUAAAAGCUAUCCUCUUUGUAAUAUUAAUACGAUUAAUAUUGUUUAAUUAUGUAUUUGUACUUUUGUUCGUAAGAUUUAAUUUUGAAAGUCGGUUAAUUAUUUGUACACUAAAUAAAAAAUAUGUCAAGUUA